AUGGAGGGAAGGACCACAGUGGAUGGGAAAGAAAGGCCCGUAAUCAAUCAAGGGAAGGACCACAGUGGAUGGGAUAUCCCCAUAAUCAAUUAUGGGAAGGACUACAGUGGAUGGGAUAGGCCCAUACUCAAUUAUUGGAAGGACCACGGAGGAUGGGAUAGCCCCGGAAUCAAUUAUGGGAAGGACCACGGAGGAUGGGAUAGCCCCGGAAUCAAUUAUGGGAAGGACCACGGAGGAUGGGAUAGCCCCGGAAUCAAUUAUGGGAAGGACCACGGAGGAUGGGAUAGCCCCGGAAUCAAUUAUGGGAAGGACUAUGGAGGAUGGGAUAGCCCCGUAAUCAAUUAUGGGAAGGACCACAGUGGAUGGGAUAGGCCCACAAUCAAUUAUGGGAAGGACAGGAGACAGGAGAUAGGGCUAGUCUACACAUAA